AUGCAGGCAAGUGAUAGGUUUAACAUCAAUUCUCAGCUUGAACAUCUUCAAGCCAAGUAUGUUGGUACAGGCCAUGCUGAUUUGAGCAGAUUUGAAUGGGCAGUGAACAUUCAGCGUGAUAGUUAUGCUUCCUACAUUGGUCACUACCCCAUGCUUGCUUACUUUGCUAUCGCUGAGAACGAGUCCAUUGGACGAGAGCGCUACAACUUCAUGCAGAAAAUGCUUCUACCUUGUGGCCUUCCUCCAGAAAGAGAAGACGACUAA